AUGGCAGAUACUCCCAGCAGCCACCAGGCAGAAACCGCCUUCUCAGAGUCUGAAAAGAACCUCACAGCUGAAGUCGUUGAGCACGGCUCUAAAGAGCAAUCAGCUCGUAACGACGAGAAAAUCAAUGCUAUCCGGCUGGCAUGCGACACUCGCGAUAUAGACACCUUAAUAACUCUCGCUACAUCAGAGGGUGGCUUCCUUCAAGAUGAUCUUAGACAAAUAGCCUGCUCUGAGCAAGAGCUCUCAUCGAAGAAGACCAAGUUAUCGCGCGUAAUCAAGCGAGUGCUGCGGAACUACCCCAUGCUGUGCUAUUUUCAAGGCUUCCACGACAUUGUGCAAGUCUUGUUAUUAGUUCUUGGUGAAAGCCAAUCUACACAGGCUGUCGCCCAGUUGUCUCUGCUACGUCUCAGAGACUACAUGUUACCUUCACUUGCACCGGCAGUGAAGCAUCUACAGCUCAUCCCCGCGAUUAUCGCAUCAGCGGACGCAGACCUGAGCAUUCGGCUGUCGGGCACGCGGCCAUUCUUCGCACUUUCAGCGACUCUCACCUUGUAUGCCCACGAUAUCCAGGAGUAUAGUGAUAUUGCACGGCUCUUCGACUUCUUAUUGGCUUGGGAGCCUGUUGUCUCCAUAUAUCUCUAUGCGGCUAUUGUUCUUUCCCGCAGAAAGGAGCUUCUGGAAAUUCCCCUCGACGAACCGGAAAUGCUGCAUUUUAAGCUGUCCAAACUACCCAUCCCGCUGGACCUUGAAACUCUCAUAUCCCGAGCCGUACAGCUGUUCCAUGAUCAUCCACCCGAGUCACUGCCGGCGGGGGUAUGGAGGAAGAUCCCGGGAUGCAGUGUGCUGAAAACUUCUCGGGAUGUCUCUAGGAAACAGUCCAUCAAAGCGGCCGUCGAACUAUUCUAUCAACAAACACACCAGCUCCGCCGCGAGGAGAACAAGCAGAAGUUCAUUGGGUUUAUCUGGAGCCACCGGCGAACCAUCGGAUCUGUCGCUGUGGCGGUCUUCAUCGGCGCCAUGUCCAUCUGGAUAAGGAAACGGGGGCUCGACAACUCGAUACUGUCGUAUGCUGAUCGGUUCAGAGCAGCAUUUCAAGGACGUCUUUUCUAA